CAUAACCUUGGAAGUUGGAAUUUGUUGCGUUUGUGUGUUUUAUCAGUGGAAAUCAUAACGACAAAGUCAUAAAGUUCUAAAUUUAUGAAAAUAAUUAUUUGUACCAAAUUGAAGCGAUCUCCUGUUCACCCGGGUUUCUUUGAUAAUCAAGUUAUUUCCGAAAUACUUUACUAGUCGGGUUUUUCUGUGGAAGCUCAGUAAAUUAACGAACAAAAUGAGUCUGCAGUGGACUGCUAUUGCUGCUAUUUUAUACGCAGAAAUCGCGUUUACGAUCUUGAUGCUCCUGCCUUUCAUCAAUCCGACUACAUGGCACAGAUUUUUCAACUCGCGGCUUGUGCUGCUGAUAAAGAAGUACAAAUACGUUCAGCACAUUUUAGUGGGUGUAAUGGGCCUUCUCCUUCUGGAUGCCAUCCGGGAUGUCAGUCGGUAUACCAAAUCAUUCGUCGAUUUGGCUGAUGUGGCAUCACAGGCCCCGGCUGCUGAAGUGCAGUUCCACAUGAAGUUGUUCAGAGCCCAAAGGAAUUUUUACAUUGCCGGAUUCGCUUUGUUCCUUUUCUAUAUCAUCAAAUCGUUGGCCGGAAAGCUGUCCUACGAAGCGCAGUUGAUUAUUUCCAACAGUGCGGUUAUCAAACAAGCCGAAAAUGCCUCUAAAAUGGCUCGCGAAAUGUUGAACGAGCAGAAAGGAAAAUCAAUCCCGGAGGCGGAAGCUGCCUUGAAAGCUCAGAUUCUGAAACUUGAAGGAGACCUGCGAUCAGCUGCCAAAGAACUCGAGGUAAAGGACAAGGAUUUGCAUGCUAUUAAAAUGCAGAGUGAAGGCCUGACUUCCGAGUACGAUCGUUUGCUGGCUGAACACGAAAAAUUGCAGAAAGCGCACGCUCUUAUUGUGGGAGACGCAGUUUCAGACCGAAAAAACGAUUAACAGGAGUUCUGUCAGUAAAAUGGUUUACCGUCUUCUUAGUAUCGCCCUGCAUGUAAUGAUUGGUGCUUGACUGUUCAGUCCCUGGAAUCUGUUGGAAAUAUGGUUUUCCUAGUUUAAAAAGACGCUUUCUACCUACUUUCGCAUUUUGACAUUAUAAAUGCUGAAGACCGCGAGAAGAUUUGUGAUUUUCGUUAUGAUAGUUGAUGCUCCUUAAUCACUACUCUGUGUUCUUUUGUUUACUGUAUUCGCGUUCUUAUGUUGCAUUGGUUACAUACAAAAUUAAAUUAGUUAUCAUUAA